AAUAUCACAAAAUCCAAAGCCUAACUUUUCGUCUGUCACAGACUGCUGCAUAGAAAAUCAACUUCAACUUUCUUCAUGGCUCCUUCUAAGCCACUGCUGCAAACGUCUGAAUCUAGCACACAAGAACCUACCACAGUAACCACUUGUGAGAACACUGAAAACACUCCUUGUACAUGUGACACUGUCGUUGAAGAGGAAACAAAAGAGAGUGAUUCAGGAGGCCAGAGAAAAGGGGAUCACCAGGGAGAUACAGGAACAGGUGCACAAACAACCGCAGAUGGAAUUGGAAAUGUCAUAGUUGAAGAUAAUACUCAAAUUGAAAACACUCCUUGUACAUGUGACACUGUCGUCGAAGAGGAAACAGAAGAGAGUGAUUCAGGAAACCAGGAAAAAGCGGAUCACCAGGGAGAUACAGGAAGACGUCCACAAACAACCGCAGAUGGAAUUGGAAAUGCCAUAGUUGAAGAUAAUACUCAAACUGAAAACACUCCUUGUACAUGUGACACUGUCGUUGAAGAGGAAACAGAAGAGAGUGAUUCAGGAGAAGAAGAAAACGAGCAAAAUGGGACAGAGGAGAGUGGUUUUAAUGGAGGAAGAAAAGCUACUCACACGGGAGAUAAAGGGAAACCGCCACAAUCAACCAUAAAUGGAACAGAAAAUGGCAUCAUAUUAUAAACACUUGUUAUAUAUGUGAAGAUGUCACCGACAAGUGAUUUAGAAGAACACCCAGUUCAGAAUGAACUCACGCUCUGCUUUCUUAAUUUUCUUAAUUACUUUCGCUUCUCGUUUGUUGUAUUAGUUAUUGCUUUGAAUAUUUUUGUGUUGUUUAGAAAAGUUAGGUUUCCCCUUCUCUCCGAUAAAUGAUUACUUUAAUAUCACUUUGGUCUCUCUUCAUCUCUUUAUGCAAACUGUCACUGUUGAAGCUCCUUGUCGUUG